AUGGCUGACGGUACUAGGAUGAACCAGUUGAUGGAAACCGUAGCUGCUUUGAAGAAAACUGUGGAAAAAAAUGAGGCACAGGCAGCCAAGAAUUACUCUGAAUUGCAGUCAAAGCUGGAUGGAAUUGCUCCUGAAUUGCUGAAGACGAUGGAAGGAUCCAGCAGUAUGGGCGAGCGUAAGUUUGAGCAGUUGCUGGAGAAAGUUUCUUCUCUCGCCCAGGCUGUGGAGGCUAUUAAACUGCCUUCGCAAUCCACAUUUGUGCUUGGAGAGACUUCCGGUGCUGCAAGAGGAAGUGCUGAAUUCGUGCCUCUAGUAAUGUUGCAGACGGGAAGGAGCUCAGAUCUGGUGCAACCUCCUGCUUUCCGCAAUCAGCAAUCAGUUGAGAUCAGAUCUUCCGAGGAUCAGCUUCUGCAAGCUCCUCGCGUUCCAGCAAAUCAAGGAUUGCCGCCUCCAGUUGGUGGAGAAUUCCAGAUCGGCCAGUUUCCGCAAGGACCAUUGCCUUCCCUGCAUCAGCAUCAAUUUACGGAGCACAGACAAGCUGAGGACCGAUUCGCUGGUAGAUCAGCUUUUCACACUGCUCCUCAGUAUCAAUUUCCUCCUCCUCAGUAUGACCUACCUCCUAGAGACAGAAAUUCAAUGUAUGACUAUCACGGUGGGGACCAUGGGGGCAUUACAACCAGGUCAGUUUGUAUUGAUUUUCCUAAAUUUGAUGGUUGUGAUCCGGUUGGAUGGAUCUAUAGGGCGAAUAAAUUUUUCAAUUUCCAUAGAAUUCCCUAUAACCAAAUGUUGAUGUUAGCCUCCAUUCACAUGGAAGGGAAAGCCCUAGUUUGGUAUCAAGAUAUGGAUAUGGCCGGAGCAUUACCUAAUUGGGAGGUUCUUACCCAUGCUUGGUUGGAGAGGUUUGGUCCUACUUGUUAUGAUGAUCCUAUGGAGUCCCUCACUAGGCUGAAACAAGUGUCUAGUGUGGAAGAGUAUAAGGAAAGUUUUGAGGCCAUUUCUAAUCGUCUAAGAGGUAUUAGUGAUUACAACAAGCUGAGUUGUUUCCUCAGUGGUUUAAAGGAUGAAAUUAGACUACCGGUGCGUAUGUUUAAUCCUCCAACUUUAUUAGCUGCUUAUGGUUUGGCAAAGGUGCAAGAGGAGCAUGUUUUGUUGGGAAGGAAGUCCUAUAGGAGUGUGUUUAAUUCAGGUGUUCCUAAACCUGGUAUUACUCCCACUACUCCACUGCCUACCACACCUUUAAAAGCUGCCAUUCCCAUUCAGAAGUAUGGUCAUAAGUGUCAAAAUCCUAAGCUGUUUUUGCUGGAUACUGAGGAACUUGUGGAGGAACUGGAAUUGGCAGCUCAAUCGGAGUUAGAGGAGCAGGGCUUAGACCUUAUUGACUUCAACUAUGCUGAUUCCAAACCAGAAAUUUCCUUGCAAGCCAUUACUGGCAGUGCUCACCCGAAGACUAUGAGGGUGCUUGGGAGAAUUAAUGGUCAGCAAUUAGUCAUACUUAUUGACAGUGGCAGUACACAUAAUUUUCUGGACGCUAAUGUUGCUAAGAAGGCCAGAAUAUUGUUGGAUAAGGAUUGUCAAAUCCGAGUAAAGGUGGCUAAUGGGGAAGAGGUGAUAAGUGAAGGGAAGUGUAAUGCAGUUCAUCUUCAGCUUGAGAAGUUGACUUUUAAGGUGGAUGCUUAUGUGAUCAUUUUGGCUGGAUGUGACAUGCUGCAGGGGUUGGUUGCUCCAAAAUUGUGGGAAGAAGCUCCUUUUCCUAAGUCCCUGUUGGAGAGUCAAAAGGGCCUAAUGCUUCAUUUAUUAGAAAAUGUGGGAGAUCUUGUGGAGACUGAACUGGACGCUGCUAUUUCACAAGUUUUGACGGACUUUACUGACAUUUUUGCUGAACCUAAGGGUUUACCACCCUCUAGGACACAUGAUCAUGCCAUCCUCUUAAAACCAGAUUCCCAACCAGUCUAUGUGAGGCCUUAUCGCUAUCCUUAUUUCCAGAAAGCAGAGAUUGAAAGGAUUGUCAGGGAGCUCCUGGACUUUGGGGUCAUCCAGCCCUCUCAAAGUCCUUUUUCUUCUCCCGUGUUGCUGGUUCGGAAAGCUGACGGCUCGUGGCGCAUGUGUAUGGAUUAUAGGGCUUUUAACAAGGAGACUAUAAAGGAUAAGUUUCCCAUUCCGGUGAUUGAUGAACUCCUUGAUGAGUUACAUGGGUCGAGGGUGUUCUCUAAGCUGGACUUGAGGUCCGGCUAUCACCAAAUCAGGGUCAAGCCGGAAGACAUUCCUAAAACCGCAUUUCGGACACAUGAAGGGCAUUACGAGUUUUUGGUUAUGCCUUUCGGCCUAACCAAUGCUCCUUCUACCUUUCAAAGUUUGAUGAACGAUAUUUUCCGCCAUUAUUUACGAAAAUUUAUUUUGGUGUUUUUUGAUGAUAUCCUGGUGUACAGUCCUACUAUGCAGGCCCAUUCCCAACAUCUAAAGCUGACUUUAGAGGUCCUGCGGGCUCACCAAUUGUUUGCAAAAAGAAGUAAGUGUAAAUUUGGCUGUUUGGAGAUUGACUACCUGGGUCAUCUCAUUUCUGCCGAGGGGGUUAAGGCUGAUGGUAAGAAGCUGGUGGUUAUGGCAGAAUGGCCUCGACCUCAGUCCUUAAAAGCAUUACGGGGUUUCUUAGGACUUACCGGUUACUACCGUAAGUUUGUUAGGGGUUAUGGUUCAAUUACGGCUCCAUUGACUGAUUUGUUGAAGAAAAAUGCCUUUGGCUGGAAUACAAAGGCUGAGGAAGCGUUUGUAGCACUUAAGGAGGCUAUGACCAAUCCCCCGGUUCUCAUUCUACCGGAUUUUGGUAAACCCUUCUUGAUUGAGUGUGAUGCUUCGGGCGGAGGUAUCAGGGCAGUCUUAAUGCAGGAACAAAGGCCGAUAGCCUUUUUUAGCCAGGUCUUGAAAGGCCGGUUUUUAGCCUUAUCUACUUACGAGAAAGAAUUGGUGGCCUUGAAAAUUGGCACCCCAAUGCAACAGAAGUGGAUUACUAAGUUGCUGGGGUAUGACUUUGUUGUUGAAUACAAGAAGGGUCGGGACAAUUCUGUAGCUGAUGCUCUUUCCAGGCGGGAUGAGGACACAGACCAGGAGUUUACUAUAUCUGUGAUUUCCUAUCCUACUUUGGAAUGGCUAGAAGAUUUAAGGAGGAGUUAUACCUCAGAUCCUCAUAUGCAGGCUCUGCUGCAGCAGUAUCAGGAAGGGAAGCUGUCUCACAUAAAGUUCUCUCUCCGAGAUGGAAUUUUAUUAUACAAGCAGCGGCUUUAUGUUGGAGAAUCCUUGCGAGACCAGAUCUUGCACUUUGUGCAUGCUAGUCCGUUAGCCGGUCAUGCAGGUUAUGACAAAACUAUUUACCGGAGGGUUAAAGCGGAGAAUGUUUCUCCUGCUGGGCUGCUUCAACCCUUGCCUAUUCCUGAACGACCUUGGUCUAGUAUUUCUAUGGACUUCAUUGAAGGGCUUCCCCUUUCAGGUGGAUUCAGUGUGAUUUGGGUGGUAGUUGACAGACUGACUAAGUAUGCUCACUUCUUAGCUCUCAAACACCCUUACACUGCGGAUAAAUUGGCCCAGCUGUUUCUCAGUCAGUUGUUUAAACUUGAUGGACUUCCUCAUUCGAUCAUUUUGGAUAGGGACACUGUUUUCACUAGUAAGUUUUGGACUGAGAUUUUUAAAGCACAGGGAGUUUUCCUAGCUUUCAGCACAGCUUACCAUCCUCAGUCUGAUGGUCAGUCUGAAGCUCCGUAUCGCCAGCUUUCGGUUGCUUGGCGCCGUAACCUCAAGCUCUCUCCGCGUUUCUAUGGUCCUUUCAAGAUCCUUCAGAAGGUGGGUACUGUCGCUUAUCGUCUGGAUCUUCCGAAGAGCUCUCUCCUCCAUCCGAUUUUUCACGUUUCUCAGCUUAAGCUGAAGAUUGGCCGCUCGGUUGAAGCUAUUUCUCAGCUUCCCCCCAUCAACGCUCAAGGGAUCAUUCAGCCUGAGCCUGCAGAAGUUCUAGAUCGUCGGUCUCGCCGAGUCCAUCAUCGGGCUGUGGCGGAGCUCUUGAUUCGCUGGGAGGGACAGCCAGCUUCAGAGGCCACUUGGGAGCCGUAUCACCGCUUGAAGACAUCUUACCCACACCUUGUGGGCAAGGUGUUGUGA